GACGUAGGGGCGGUGGCAGCGCGUGUUUCAGCUCGGGGUCGGGGCUUUGGAUUUAGCGAGCGGCGGCAGGUGGUGGGCUGUCCCGGCUCCUCGGGGCGCGUGGAGUAUUUUUGGCGCUCGCGGCUGAGUCUGUUACUCUGUUGGGCCUGUUGGCGAGAGGGACGUGGAGGAGAGGUUCUGUGGGCGCAGCGCUGGGGCCCCUGAAGGGGAAGGGAGCAGCCGCACCUGAGGGCAGCGCUGCGGCCCGGGAAGAGGAGGAGAAGGGACGGUCCCCGCGGGCAGGGUCCGAACUCGCUGGGAUCAGAGCUGGUCUGGAGCCGCCGCGCGAUGCUCGGGGCCCGGUGCCUGCUCCGAGCCCUGCGCUCCUGUUCCUCCGCUCCCUGCCCGAGACACAAGCCUUCCGCUAAACUGAGCGUGCGGGAUGCUCUCGGGGCCCAGAACACGAGUGGGGAGCGCGUUAAGGUCCAGGGAUGGAUUCGUUCAGUCCGGUCCCAGAAGGAAGUCUUGUUCCUGCAUAUAAAUGAUGGGUCAUCUUUGGAAAGCCUUCAGGUUGUAGCAGAUUCAAGCUUUGACAGCAAAGAACUGGCUUUUGGGAGUUCUGUGGAAGUUCAAGGGCAGCUGGUAAAAAGUCCAUCCAAAAGGCAAAAUGUGGAACUGAAGGCAGAAAAAAUUGAAGUUGUUGGAAAUUGUGAUGCCAAGGCUUUCCCUUUUAAAUAUAAAGAGAGGCAUCCUCUGGAGUAUCUGAGACAGUACCCUCACCUUAGGUGCAGGACUAAUGUCCUGGGUUCUAUCCUGAGGGUCCGCAGUGAAGCCACAGCUGCUAUUCAUUCUUUCUUUAAGGACAGUGGCUUUGUGCACAUUCAUACUCCAAUAAUCACAUCCAAUGACUGUGAGGGGGCUGGAGAACUUUUUCGAGUUGAACCUUCAAGCAAAGUAAAGGUCCCUGAGGAGAAUUUCUUCAAUGUUCCUGCUUUCUUAACUGUCUCGGGACAGCUUCACCUAGAAGUGAUGUCAGGAGCUUUUACUCAAGUGUUUACCUUUGGUCCAACAUUCCGAGCAGAGAAUUCUCAGAGCCGGAGACACCUGGCAGAGUUUUAUAUGGUAGAAGCAGAGAUUUCUUUUGUUGAGAGCCUUCAAGAUCUCAUGCAGGUUAUGGAGCGGCUUUUCAAGACUGCAACCAUGCUGGUUCUCUCAAAUUGUCCUGAAGACAUUGAACUCUGUCACAGAUUCAUAGCUCCUGGCCAAAAGGACAGAUUAGAACAUAUGCUAAAAAACAACUUUUUAAUCAUUUCUUAUACUGAAGCAGUGGAGAUCUUAAAGCAGGCGUCCCAGAACUUCACCUUCACCCCAGAGUGGGGUGUUGAUCUACACACUGAACAUGAAAAGUUCCUGGUGAAGCACUGUGGCAACAUACCAGUCUUUGUCGUUAAUUAUCCGUUAGCACUCAAGCCUUUCUACAUGAGAGAUAAUGAAGAUGGCCCUCAGCACACAGUUGCUGCUGUUGAUCUUCUGGUUCCUGGAGUUGGAGAGCUCUUUGGAGGUAGCCUCAGAGAGGAACGCUACCAUUUCUUAGAGCAGCGACUGGCCAGAUCAGGACUGACAGAAGCCUACCAAUGGUAUCUGGACCUCCGUCGAUUUGGAUCUGUGCCACAUGGAGGUUUUGGGAUGGGAUUUGAACGCUAUCUGCAGUGCAUCUUGGGAAUUGACAAUAUCAAAGAUGUUAUCCCUUUUCCAAGAUUUACUCAUUCAUGUCUUUUAUAGCUGGAAGACUGGUUGAGGAAGAUCACUCCAUGCCGGAGGUGUUGCACAUGAGUGUCCACACAGGAGAGUGAAUGUUUGAAUUUUAGAAAUGCAGAAGUUUUCACAUGUAAUUGUCAUGCUGUAAGAUAUAAUAUAUGAAAAAUAGAAAUGAUCAUGAUUUUCUUAGAAAGUUGAGAGCAGGGGCCAGCCCCAUGGCUGAGCGGUAAGUUUGUACGCUCCGCUUCGGCAGCUCAGGGUUUCUCUGGUUCAGAUCCUGGGCACGGACGUGGCGCUGCUCAUCAGGCCAUGCUGAGGCAGCAUCCCACACAGCACAACCAGAAGGACCUACAACUAGAGUAUACAACUAUGUACUGGGGGCUUUGGGGAGAGGAAGAAGAAAAAAAACAAAGUUGAAAGCAUUUCAUGGAAAGAUGAACUCCUUCAAGAAGAAGUACUUACAGCAGGUAGAAUCUCAACUCUAUUAUGUCAGUUAAGAAGAAAUGAAGCAGUUGAACUAGAUGGUCCCAAAGUUCCUUUCAAACUUGAAGACAGUGAGAGACAAUGUAUUUUACUUUGUCUUUAAUUAUUGGAUCCUGCCCUGUGUGACCUUGAGAAACAACUAGUAGCUAAAAAUAAAAUGUUGUUGGAUAUUUUCUCCCCUGCAUUUAACCUGUGAUAAAUGCCCAUCUUAUUCUCAGUGUUUUACUAAACAUUACAGAAGAAAAUAUUCCUUUUUUGGGGCCUUAACUGAGUUAAUAAAGUUGCUAUUCUGAAUUGAAA